AUUAUGAUCUUGUGGUUUCGUAAAAAAGACCUCUUCAAUCCCUUGAUGGCUGAAAGAACUUCUGAGAAUCCAUCAUUGCAAAAAUCCACCACCUUGUAAAUUUUAUGGACAAACAUUUUCAUUCAGUUCCACAAUGGCUCAUCAUUCUGAGAUCCCUCGCACGUCUAAGCAUUUGUGUGAAUGCUGUUCAAAGGUAUUUUCUUCUGCUUCUGCUUUAAAGACUCACAUGGGAAUCCACGCUGGCGAAAAACAAUUCUCCUGUGAAGAGUGUUCUAAGGAAUUCUCUCAACCUUCAAACCUGAUAGAACACAAAAAAAUCCAUACUGGCGAAAAGCCAUUCUCCUGUGAAGUGUGUUCUAAGGAAUUUGCUAACCGUUCAAACCUGAUCGUGCACGUGAGAAUACAUACCGGGGAAAAGCCAUAUUCCUGUGAAGUGUGUUCCAAGAAAUUUACUCAACUUUCGCAUAUGAAAGAACACAGAAGAAUCCAUUCUGGCGAAAGGCCAUUCUCCUGUGUUGUGUGUUCUAAGAAAUUUUCUACCUUCCCACACCUUAACGUACACAUGAGAACUCAUACUAACGAGAAGCCAUUCUCCUGUGAAGAGUGUUCUAAGGAAUUCUCUCAACCUUCAAACCUGAUAGAACACAAAAAAAUCCAUACUGGCGAAAAGCCAUUCUCCUGUGAAGUGUGUUCUAAGGAAUUUGCUAACCGUUCAAACCUGAUCGUGCACGUGAGAAUACAUACCGGGGAAAAGCCAUAUUCCUGUGAAGUGUGUUCCAAGAAAUUUACUCAACUUUCGCAUAUGAAAGAACACAGAAGAAUCCAUUCUGGCGAAAGGCCAUUCUCCUGUGUUGUGUGUUCUAAGAAAUUUUCUACCUUCCCACACCUUAACGUACACAUGAGAACUCAUACUAACGAGAAGCCAUUCUCCUGUGAAGAGUGUUCUAAGGAAUUCUCUCAACCUUCAAACCUGAUAGAACACAAAAAAAUCCAUACUGGCGAAAAGCCAUUCUCCUGUGAAGUGUGUUCUAAGGAAUUUGCUAACCGUUCAAACCUGAUCGUGCACGUGAGAAUACAUACCGGGGAAAAGCCAUAUUCCUGUGAAGUGUGUUCCAAGAAAUUUACUCAACUUUCGCAUAUGAAAGAACACAGAAGAAUCCAUUCUGGCGAAAGGCCAUUCUCCUGUGUUGUGUGUUCUAAGAAAUUUUCUACCUUCCCACACCUUAACGUACACAUGAGAACUCAUACUAACGAGAAGCCAUUCUCCUGUGAAGAGUGUUCUAAGAAAUUCUCUCAAAUUUCGAACCUGAUAGAACACAAAAAAAUCCAUACUGGCGAAAAGCCAUUCUCCUGUGAAGUGUGUUCAAAGGAAUUUUUUAAACUAGCAAGCCUGAAGAAUCACAUGAAGACACAUACUGGCGAAAAACCAUUCACCUGUGAAUUAUGUUCUAGGAAAUUUUCUGAAUUAAAAAACCUGAAGGUGCACUUGAAAGUACAUACUGGUGAAACGCCAUUUUCCUGUGACGUGUGUCCUAAGAAAUUUCACACCUCUGUGCAGCUGAACGCACACUUGAAAACCCAUACUAGCAAGAAGCCAUUCUCCUGCGAAGACUGUUUUAAGGAAUUCUCUCAACUUUCUCACCUGAAAGUACACAAAAAGAUCCAUUCUGGCGAAAAGCCAUUCUCCUGUGAAAUGUGUUCUAAGAAAUUUUCUAGACGAGAAAACUUGAAGAAGCACUUGAGAAUACAUACCGGCGAAAAGCCAUUCUCCUGUGAGUUAUGUUCUAAGAAAUUUUCUGAACUAGCCAGCCUGAACCUGCACGUGAGAAAACAUACUGGUAUAAGGCCAUUUUCCUGUGAAGUGUGUCCUAAGAAAUUUUACACCUUCGGGAACCUUAAAGAACACUUGAGAAUCCAUACUGGGGAGAAGCCAUUCUCCUGUGAAGUGUGUUCUAAGGAAUUCUCUCAGCGCUCGCACCUGAAAAGUCACGAAAGAAUCCAUACUGACAAGAAGUCAUUUUCCUGUAAAGUGUGACUUAUUGAUAUUAUUGUUCAUUGUGGAGAUUCCUGUUAAGGGGAAAUUUUUUCUGUUAUUUUAUUUGUAUUUUCAUAUGUUGUAAGCAGCAUUUAAAGUGUAUUAAAACU